GCCUCCUCGGAGUCGGGCGCCCAUCUGCUGCCCCAUGCUGUGCUCCAUGGCGAACUCGGGCUGCCUCCUGCUGUCCAACUCCGGCAGCAUGCUCCCGCAUUCAGUGCCCUGCCCGCCUGCCUUCCUCUACCUCCAACAGGGUAAUCAGGACACCACGGCUCCUCCUGAAGCGAUGGCUCAGCCCUAUCCCCAGGCCCAGUAUCCCCCACCACCACAGAACAGCAUCCCCACUGAGUAUGUGCCACCCCACUCUCACCCCACACAGGACUACUCGGGCCAGACCACAGUACCAGAACAUGCCAUGACCCUCUACACACCAGCACAGACCCACCCAGAGCAGCCAGGCACCGACGCCAGCACACAGCCCAUCACUGGGACACAGACAGUACCGGUAAGAAGCCCCUGCCAGCCAGCUUCAUUCCUUAGAGGGCUCCAAGGCCACAUCACUAAAGGAGCCAAGCAGGGACUGAGGGAAGGGGUUAAUGCUCAUCCCACCCUCUCUUUCUCUGGCCAGGUAAAUAACGCCACAGCCCGAGUUAUGACCAACAAGAAGACCACAAAUCCCUACACAAAUGGCUGGAAGCUAAACCCCGUGGUGGGUGCUGUAUAUGGACCUGAAUUCUAUGCAGUGACAGGAUUCCCCUACCCCACAACAGGCACCGCUGUGGCAUACCGAGGGGCACACUUACGAGGUCGGGGACGGGCUGUAUAUAACACAUUCCGGGCUGCACCACCUCCUCCCCCCAUUCCAACAUAUGGCGCGGUCGUGUAUCAGGAUGGAUUUUAUGGCGCAGAGAUUUAUGGUGGCUAUGCAGCCUACAGAUAUGCUCAGCCAGCAGCAGCAGCAGCAGCAGCAGCUUACAGUGACAGUUAUGGCAGAGUCUAUGCAGCUGCUGACCCAUACCACCAUGCCAUUGGCCCUGCUGCAACCUAUAGCAUUGGAACUAUGGCUAGCCUCUGCCGAGGAGGGUACAGCCGCUUCACCCCCUACUAGCAAGAGACCCAGCCCCUAACAGCAUUCACACUGACUGCUUAUUCCAAACCAAACCAAACAAACUAGACACCAGGCAGAUCCUCCAGGAAGACAAACUGCCCCACCGGGUCAGGGACAUUCACCGCUGACCCUCCGCGACUCUAAAACCAUAGAUUUUUUACCUCCAGUUGUUUUUCCCCGCCCCAUGGUGGUGUGUGUGUCUUUUGUCCAUGAUUGUACCUGUAUGUUUGUUAACUAAUUUCCUGUACUGAGUUUGUCGGUGUUGUUCCACUCCUAAACCAUCAAGGUAUGGUAUACAAAUUGGGGGCCAUGGGAGGGAGGGGUUAGGGAGAGUGUGGAGAAGUUGAGCCUGGAGUCAGAGGAUCAAUCCCUACCCCCAUAGCUCUGACCCCUCAACACAUAGCUGCCCCCCAAAGGAUUAGCAAAAGAGCCUUGUGCCCUGGCUGACCCCCCUCUUUCUACUCCAUUCCAUCUUUAUUCUUCAAUCAACAGGCUGAAGUUAGGGAAUCUUAGUGAAAGGAUUCAGGACCAUAGACCAUGUACCAUUCCCCAGGUUCCACAGAUCCUUUAGUUGUCCAUUCCUCCCAUUCUGGUCCUUGUCUCAGUGCUCUGUCCCUCUACAGUUAGUUGUCUCCCACUUUCACCCCAGCUCCCACAAGGAUUUUGAAACUGCUUAAAGAAAUCUGUUUCAUGAAGAGAAGAGCAAAAGGAGGGAAUCAGUACUCUCUUGCCCUCUCUUCCAUCAUAGAUCAACUCCUGACUUCUCUCUUCUUCCUCCUCCCUCUUUUUUCUUCACUCUCUGAAACUGGUCUUCUUCACCUAUUCUUCCCUCAACUGAAACAAAUUUGUAAAAAUUAAAUUAUAUAGAUUCCAUUCUCUGAGGAAGUUAUAAUAAUAUUCUGGCUAAACUGUUUUUUGUAUUUUUUACAAGAGAUGAAAAUGAAUUCUCCCUUCCCCAGUUCCCUGCAUUUGUCCAUAUGUCUUACCGUACUUUCCUUUGUCCCAUGACCUAGAAACAAAGCCAUCAAUGUCCUAGCUGGAGAGAUCCCUAACUAAAUCCCUCCUAAAGUGGCAGAUUUUAUUUUCCCAGCUCUGUCCUUGGUGUGUGCUGCCUAGCCAAAGUAUCUCCCUUCCUGUGCCUAAGCUCAAAAAUGUCUUUAGUUUGAGUAUUUCAAAAAUUAAGCUUCUUAUAAAGGGACUCCACAUUGCUGGAUGGCUCAUCUCAGGAUUGAUUCCCUGAAUCCAGCUCCCCUUCCUACCACCUCC